AUGUCAAGAAUGUUCUUGGUGGCCAAGCGGCUAGGAUACACGCGCAUUCUCACCGGUCAGCCCAGUUAUCACUUCAUCAUUGAUUUCAUUGGGCAUUUUGAAUUGAAUUGGUUGAUUUAUCUUGUUGGAAAAGAUUGGAAUAGUGAAGAGGGUGUGAGAGAAAAUACCAAUGGCUUUGAUGGCAAUGACUAUGCCAAAUGUCUGUACACUCGACUUAAUAAUAUAUCUUUUUUCUUCCACUAUUCUAUUCCUCCUAUCAACAGUAUUGCCGACCUUGAAAAUGAGCCUGGCCUAUUUAUAUCAAACAAAGAGAAAGUAUUUGCUGAGGCUGAUGCAAUGGCAAGGAAGAACAGGGAAAAGCUACCUUCUGGUUUGCCCCUCAUAAAUCGGGACUCCCUCCAACCAAUGCUUUACCCUUUGAGAAUGAGGCAUGUGGAGAAUAAGCAAGAUUGAGGGAAAGGAAACUUUAAAGCAAGAUUGGUGAGGGCAUUUCUUCCUCUUCUUCCAUUAUUUGAAGUUGAAUUGUGUGUUUAUGCCUUUUCACAGCAGAGAGGUGUGGAGGAGCUGAGGGGGAUGAGCUUUUUGAGACACUUUUCUUUUGCUUUACCUUGUGUUAUAUGCUUUUGUGUUUUGCUUUUGAUUGUUUUGCCUUUGAUAAAUUAUUUGGCUUGGAUUGAUAGAAUCAUAGAAUAUGUAUUUAUGGUUGAAAAUGGGGAGUGAUGGGUUUAUAAGUUACAAGCAUCAUCACUCUUAUU